AUGUAUAUCAAAACAACGAAAAUUGCAUUACUGCGCCCUUUUUUAGAUGAACAAGAUGUAUUACGCGUUGGCGGUCGCAUUAAUAAAUCAACAACUAUACAUUUCGAUCAGCGAAACCCGAUAUUAUUACCAGCUAAAUCAGAAUUUACAGUAGCAUUAUUUCGUAAUGAACACGAACGUCUAUUACAUGCUGGCUCGCAAGCGCUCUUAUCGGCAAUACGAGAAAAAUUCUGGCCGUUAAAUGGUCGUAAUAUAGCGAGGCGUACGGUGCACCAAUGUGUUAUUUGUUUUCGUUCAAAACCAGUGACGUACAAGCCGAUCAUGGGAGAUUUGCCACGCGAUCGUAUUGAACCGGAACGCGCGUUCAAAAUAUGCGGCGUUGAUUUCGCCGGGCCAAUUAUGAUUAAAACCAGUUUAAGGCGAAACGCACCAAUGACAAAGGCAUAUAUUUGCGUAUUCGUCUGUUUCGUGACCAAAGCUAUACACGUCGAGUUGGUCGGCGAUCUAACUACGAACGCCUUUUUGUCCGCUUUACGAAGAUUCUGGUCGCGACGAGGAAUAUGUAAUACAAUUUAUUCCGACAACGGAACCAACUUUGUUGGAGCAAACCGACAACUAAAAGAACUACGUGAUUUAUUUUUAUCAAAGUAG